UAUUUACUAUUGUUGUCUGCAGAAAACAAAAACCCCUCCUUCCUUCUAUCAUGAAAACCCUGUUUUGUCGCAUUCUCGUCCUCCAUUAGAACCUUCGUUUCAAAUCCGAAGGUUCAUAUCUUCAACCACAGGUUUGCUCAACUUUGUAGAUUCCUUACCAACAACGUCAAAACAUUCACAAUGCUUUCACCAUCAACUAAAUCCAGAUUCAGCAUGGCCAAAACAGUAAUCUCCACCGUCGGUUCCGUCGCCGCGGCAGCGGCGGUAGUCCACACAUUCUCCCGUCAGUACUUGCCCACCGAAUUCCGCCGUGAGGUCGAAAAUUACAUCCAUCUCAGCCUCCGUACUGUCCUCAACAACUUCUCCAGCCAGUUAACCAUGGUGUUCUACGAAUCCGAAGGGUUUGGCGACAACGAAAUCUACACCGCCGCACAACACUACCUCGCCACCCAAAUAUCCUCCGACAUCCGCCGUGUGAAGGUCUCUAAAAACCCUAACGAACAAAAGUUUAACGUAGGAAUGGAAACUAACGAGGAGUAUACCGAUCUUUACAAUGGGGUUACCUUCACGUGGUCUUUACUCUCCAAACAGAAGCCAACGGGUUACGAAAACGGCCGGUCUUUACGAUCGGAGAUCCGCUCGUUAGAACUCACGUUUCACCGGAAACAUAAAGAUCUCGUGUUGGAUUCCUACUUGCCGUUUAUAAUCAAUUGUUCAAAAACCAUUAUACAGAAUGAGAAAACCGUGAAGCUGUUCACAACUGACAGGAGGUGGAGUUAUUCAACUAUGUUGUGGAAAUCGGUGAAACUCGACCACCCGGCGACGUUUGAGACGGUGGCGAUGGAUCCCAGUGUGAAAGAGAUGGUGCUGAAGGAUUUGGAUAGGUUUGUGGAGAGGAGAGAGUAUUAUCGGAAAGUCGGGAAGGCGUGGAAAAGAGGGUACUUGUUGUAUGGGCCUCCGGGUACUGGGAAGUCUAGCUUGAUUGCGGCGAUAGCGAAUUACUUGAAGUUUGACAUAUAUGACUUGGAGUUGACUAACAUUUGUUCGAACUCUGAGCUGCGGAGGUUGUUGGUGGCGACUGCAAACCGUUCGAUACUGGUGGUGGAGGAUAUUGAUUGCUCGGUCGAGUUGCAUGAUCGGGUGCAGGUAGAAACGGAGAAAGACACGGCGAAAGACAAGGCUGCAAAGAAAGAACACAAGGUAACUUUAUCAGGGUUUCUUAAUUUUAUUGACGGGUUAUGGUCAAGUUGUGGUGACGAGAGGAUCAUAAUAUUCACGACAAAUAGGAAGGAGAAACUUGAUCCAGCGCUUGUUCGUCCAGGUCGUAUGGAUGUUCACAUCCACAUGUCGUACUGCACCCCGAGUGCCUUUAGAACGCUAGCUUCCAACUAUCUUGGUGUUACCGAACACAAUCUUUUUGAAGACAUUGAUGAGUUGAUCAGCCACGUGGAUGUUACCCCUGCUGAAGUGGCAGAACAGCUUCUCAAAGAUAACGAUCCGGACAUUGCUCUUGGUGGCCUCAUUGAGUUUUUUGAUGUAAAGAGGAAGGAGAAUGAGGAGGCCAAGGCAAAGUUAAAAGAAGAAGAAGAAAAAUUGGCUGCAAUAGAAAGAGAAAAGAAGAAGCUGCAAAAGAAACUGAAAAAACUAAGUGCAAAAACAAGUGAAAAGAAGCAACAAGAGGAACCUGCAACAGAAAUUGAAAAGAAGCAGGAAGAGAAAACUGCAACUGAAAUUGAGAAGAAGCAACAAGAGGAUGGAGUAGACGAUUAAUUAAGUAGUUAAUUAACUAAUUAGUUAUGAGGCUUCAUAUAUAUAUUAUGCAUAUAUUGAAAAUUGACUCUGGUAUGACUUUUAUUUAAAAGAAUGUAGAAUUUAUCUAA